UUUAUUUUAACAGUACUUCCUCUAAAAAAAUAGUUGGAGUAGAUUUUUAUGAUCAUUUGGAAUAUUUACUUCGGGAAACUUCAAAACAAGACCACAUUCCCUAUCACAGCACCCUCAGGAUAUUGUUUGAUGCAGGAAAUAAAAUGAGCAUUUUUAAUUCAUGCAAAACUGCCCUCUCUGAGUUAAGAACAGUAAUAAUAGACAGUUUUAACUACUCAAAUAUAUAUUACGUGCUACUUCUCAUGGCCUGUCAUGUCGCACAGUGGCAAUUCAGUCUGGGAUUGCACCACGUCUACCACGCCACUCUCAGAUCUAGAUACUCUGGUUAUAAUUGCAGAAAAUAUCAAAAUUACCACAAAUACGUUCUGGCUAUAAAGGAAACAAUUUGGUAGCAUAGAAAUUUACUAUAAGUUCCAAAUCCUAUUCCUUCACAUACUGGUUUGAAUGCCACAUGGGGAUGAGGUUUGGCUCUGGAGAGAUGUUGGAUUUCUUUUUACUAUGACUACAGUUACUUAGGUAGCCUUCUGGAUAGUGCACCAGUGUCGGCUUAGGAAGUAGAUGUAUUUUGAGUCACCAAUUCUGUUCUCAGUUAUUCUACUGACGUCAGUAACAUGACUCUAGAUUUAUACUAGUGUAACUGAGAACAGAACUUGGUCCAAAGUCAAGAACAGUGUCUCCUCUUCUCUGGCCCAGGACAAGGUUUUUGAGACACAACUGCUAGGCCAAGUUCUCAAGGUGAAUGGACCCCAGUCUACAGUGGUUGAUCUUUGCAAUGAUCAGAUGCUGGAAUAGCUAAAGUCACCGUGUUCUAUGCUCUUACUUUCUUUCAGUGUUUGAAGUCUGCACUGUAAACUGUGCAGACCCAGUUCUCCAUUUUCUUUUGGUUGUUGCAGGUAUUUGUUGCAGGUAUUUGUCAGCAAUGUAGUAUCUCUUCUACCAAGAAGGUGAACACACUUUGUUCAUUAUGACCACAGAGUAUAAAUGAAAGUGAUCUUGCUGGAUGAGAGAAAGGAAGACUUGUGCUAAGAGCUUUUACCUUUUAACUGUCUUAAUCCAGAAAUUGCUUUUCCUGAUCGACUGGGGAAAUGUGGCUGAAGUGACACUGUCUCUCUUGGCAAGCAGCUUCUCUCCUUUCUGAGGGUGCUGUGAUCCUUCCCCCAGAGCUUAUGACCUUAGUAAUGGUCAGAAGAAGCAGUGCUCGUGGAGAUGCCCAGGCAGCAGGACAAUUCAGAGGGGAGCACUUAGCUCUAAUACAGCCCAGGAUGACCAACAACACAUGCACUCUUGGCAGCUCUACUACCUAGUAGUCAUUGAUCUCUGGGUUUGGGGCUUCCUUGUGGAUGGAUGCAUAUACAAAGAGCACUACAUAAAUAAAACAGCUCACAAAGAUUAAGAAAAGUAGUAAACCUUCCCUUUCCAUGCUCAGGGGGAAGCAGUGCUGAUGACUUCAGGCUGCUGUGUAACUUGCAAGGGUGCUGCCAAAAUGCCACUGAGAUGGAAAAACAUUUCAGCCAAAUAGCAGCCCAUGGGGGUGUGGAAGAACAAACCAUGCCUUCAUGUAUUGCAGCAGCAGUGAUGUCACUCUAUACAGCCAAGUUUGCUGGUUCACCCAGCUCCUGCCUAGUGAAAACAGUUGACAUUCAGUCUGUGCCAGGCCAGGAAUAGUCUCUGUAACUUAACCUCCUCAUCACAACUUGCUAGACACUUAAAAGAGCCACUGAAAAAGUUCUUUUUCUUUUUAAAAGGGAAGGAGGGUUAAAUUCUGAUUAAGCUCCUUGAAAUCUGUACAUUUGUGCAAUGUUUUUCGGUAGCUUACAUCAUAUGAUACCCAGUGCCUGGUACCUGACCUGUUCCUCAGCAUUUCCCAAGGAGUUUCAUAUGUUUAGCUUUCCUUUUCACUGUGCGGAAAUUGAAUAGAUUAAAUUCACGUAUCUGAAAUUUUAGAACUGAGUAAAUACUGAGCUAAGCAUAAACACUGCAUCUUACUUGCAGACUGCUAUGUUUGUCCAAAAAAAGUAGAGAAAUAUGAUUUUAUCAGAUAACCAGACUGUGAAUAGUUUCUUUCCUCAGCAGUUCAGAAGCUGCCAUCAUACCUAUGUAAAUGAUAGCCAGACCAGUACAGUGCUGUUGUUUCAAUCCCGUCCUUGCAGUGACCUGUAUCUUGAACGUUUGAAGAGGAUACAUUUCCCACUUUAAACACUACACUGCCCAAGUACUAACAGUAUGGCCUGCUGAGACAAGGAUCUUCACAAAGGGUUUCAGAGACAGAGACUAGCCUACUUCAAUCAGCAGCAUUGAGUAGUUUUUAUAACAGUGACUCCAUCUAGGAAAAUAAUUGCUGGGAUUGCUUCAUGAUCCCUGUGUUUAUUGUUAUCCUACUCACUUUUCAGCAAAUGUUCUCAGUUUACAAGGGACAAGAUGUCUCUUCAGACCUCUGCCCAUGAGAUCUGAAAGCCAAGCUUCUUCCUAGUUCAGACAUCACCACCAAUAAAUAGUGAUAAGCAUUGUGCCACUGGAAUUUAGUCAACAGCUCUGUUGAUGAGUGAGCCAGAACAUAAUCAUAUGCUCCCACAGCUGUGUUGGCUUUGCACAGUUAAGAGUACCACAGAAGCCGUAAAAUCAUAAUUUAACCUCAGAGCAAAGAGAUAACUCAUCACAUCUCUCUGUGGUGAGGAUGUUCUUCUACAUCUGGCUGCAACCAAAUGUGUCAUUUUUCUCUUUGCUUUUACAUAUACAUUUUUUAGCCAAAAAACUUUAAAAAGACCAUAAAAAUUUCUGUUGUGUACAGGGUUGUCCUUAAGAUAACAGUGUUCUCAGAUAAGGUGUAGGUGACCAUCCCAGUGAGCAAGUUCUUGCUCCUUUCUCCAGGCUUUUUUUGGCUACUGCAGGUUUACGCAGAAGUUUCCUCAGAGGGGGCUCUUAUUUCAGGAAAAUCUACUGUACCUACUCCUAUAUCCUACUUGCCUUAUCUUAGUGCCAGGCAAUUUUCCCUGUGGGAAAUAAAUAUUGACAUGCAAGGGUUAGAUCCAGGGCUCUGCACAGCUAAAAGGAAGCAGCCGUCUGUGUCCAGCAUAACUGAGCUUUCCUUUAGCGUCCUUUGACUUGCGUGUGGAAGCACAAAGAUUCCUUUUUUACUGCCCCUCACUACAGCAUCUGUCUAUGUUUCCUCUCCUUUACAACAGAGGCAGAAAAAAGGAUGGGCUUUCAGGUCUCAGCAUCUUUACUUCCUAGUCUAGCAGAUGGACCUCUGUCUAUCGCCAUUGGCAGCAGAUAGUCAGAUGCAUCUGGAGUGGAAAUACACAUUUUCCUCUGCAGCCCUUCUGAAAGGGUGGCACAACUGGAAGGCAGAAAGCAGCAAGGAAGAGGCCAUAUGGCACAGCCCUCUGCUGAGGCUACCAGUAUUGGAGGUUGUGCCAGUUAUUUGCUAGGAACCUGAUUCCUACAAGCUACCAAACCUUCAAGUUAUCAGAAUUCACGUAAGAUCAAAAAUGCUGGAGAUUGGAAACAUCACAAUAAACUACUUCUGCCGAAGCUACAUCAUUGGAUUAUUUUUACCUCCUCACUAAAGAUGCUCGGAGAUGAAACCAAAUACAAGCAUGAGAGGAAGUUCCAGAGAUGAGAAGCAAAAUUGGCGGAGAAGAAAGAUUCCUUCACCUGUUCCAUAAGAUGAAUCAGUAUGCUGCAGCACUGACUGGAGGAAUUGUUUUAUAUUUAUAAAUUGCAAACAACUGGAACUCCGCAACACAGUCACCUGCCUGUUCGACACCUGGUGUUAAUCCUUUGGAUAGUUCAUUCAUGACUCCCACGAACAAUGCAGGGAAAUAAAAAACAUACAGAAGGACAGAGCGACUCCUCAAGUAUUGGGAGUCUCCUGGAUGACACAGACCGUGAGGUGAGCAGCCUCACAGAUCGGGCUUUCAAAAGUCUGUGUGUGGCAGAACUUGAAGACUCUUACAAUGAACCAGAUCUUGCCAUUUCACCUGACUUCACUCACCAGUUCUCUGCUAAAUUUCAUCCAGGGGCAUUAAACCAUGCCAUCAAAUUAACAGCAAGCUGUAACAAGCUAGCAGCAAGAAACAAUGAACAUGCAAUAUGGGCUUCAACAUUCCAGCAGUUACCAAAGUGUGCUCCAGAAGAGAAAAAGAGUGCCAAGAAUAACACCCUUGGUACAGAAAGGAAAAAGCUGAAUUUGCCAGUCCCUGGUCCAAGGAACAAUAAACAUGUUUCAAAAGUGUCUUCACUGAUUAAGACAUUUGAUAAGACUGCAAAUCAAGGGUCAGGAGAUUCUCUGAUAGCCAGCAAGCAGCCCAUUAAAAAUAGCUUUCAAAGAUGUAAAUUAAAUCAUGGAAAUGAUAUGGCGUGCUGGGAUAACAAAGCUAUUUUAAACAUCCACAAGGAACUGUCUGGAUUUUCUGAGGACAGUCAAGAUAGCCACUAUGUCAGUGGCAAACAUGAGCCACAGAAAAGACCUAAUAAAAUAGAUAUGACUUACUGUGGUUCUGAUGGUUGUUAUCCUGUGCUGAUUGAGAUGUCAAAAGUAGCCAAGUCAAAUUUUUCUCGUUCAUCUAAAAAUGCUUUCAAAAACAAAAAUUUGAAAGUUAAUGAGCCAGCAAAAAAAGGCAAUUUUCUUCACAGUGAGAAUAGUGCUUUUGAAUCAUGGAAUGUCCAUCAUAAAAAAUUGUCUGAAAAAGAGGAAUUUGUUGAUCCAAUAACAAAAAAGGAAAGUCUUACAUACCUUGAAGAAGUGACAGUUAUUGAAGGAUCUCAUGCAAGUGAACUUAAAUUGCCACCCGUCAAGGCCACUGUUACUAAGAAGGAGAAGAAAGAUUUUCAGAGGGAGCCAACUCCACCAGAAACUGCUUUUAGUAUCCCCCUCCCAACUGUAUUUGUACCUCAUGGUCCCCUCCCUUCUGGAACUGAUUUUCCUGCUGCUCUUCCUCCUAUACCCCCACCUAGGAUCCACGUGCACCAGGAUCCUCCUCAGCCACCUUCAGUCCCUCAGCCAGUUCCACUCCCAGCUCCCCCACAUCCCCCAACACCGCCCACCCGUGAAGCUCCUCCUAUACCACCCCUGCCGCUUCCAGAUCAACUUUCCCCUCCUGACACGUCCCAGACCUCCAUCUCACCCCAGUCCAUGUCUCACAGGAUGGCUUCCCCCUCAUCUCUGUCCCAGGCACCUGUUCCACCUCCACGAGGGCUCCCAGCCACCUUAACCGAAGAGAACAGCACCAGUCCACCCUGGAGGAGGCUGAGGGCUACAAAAGGGGCAUCAGAGAGAAGACAAACUUCAGAGGAGUUCUCAGCCAGCAGUGAAACAUGUUUAUUGUCUGAAAAAGCAUCUGGAGCCAAACCUGAUCAGGAUAUCACUCCUCUGAUUAAACAGGCAAACUCUCCUGGAUCAGUCAGUCCCAUUUUUAACAUCACUAAACUCUUAACACCCAUUAUACCACCAAAACAGGAGAUGGACCCCAUGGAAAGUGAGAUGAUCCCUCUCACACCUCCUCCCACUGAGAGCAUGUCAGAGAGAGACGAUGAAGGGAGUGUGUUUAGUGAUUACAGGUCUCGAGACAGUUACAAAUCAAAAGCGUCAAGUCUAUUGUUCAACUUGAAAGAUGUACGUAAACGUGUUAAGACUAUUUACACCCCUUCUCCUCUAUUAAGAGUCUUGGAAAAUAGAAAUAGGGCUAGGGAAAGUAUACAGGAGAAUUUGCAAGAAAAAAAUAGCAUGAAGAUGGCAGAGAGAGAUGAAUUGAGUGAUAUAACUUCGGUGUUGUCUGAGAGUGUUCAUGAAAAGGACAAUAAAACUGAUUUAGCUGGACACUUCACAGACAAUUACCUGACUUUGAGUUCACCCCAGACAACAGCAGACUUUUUAUUUCACCAGACUGAAGACAAUUUGCAGCAAGAUCAUUCAACACAUGAAGAUCUGAUUAAAAAUACAAGGGGUAAUGAGGACCACCCCUUGUUAGGGCAUCACUGUGAAGAGCCCAAUUUAAGAAAAAUUUUGCCUUAUCCAGCAAUGAAACUAUACAGUAGAGACAAUACAGAUAGAACACUUGGGCAGCCCUUGCAAAAUCCCAGUUUCCAAGCUGAGGAAAAGGAGAGACAGGCUGGUAAACCAAAUGAAAAUGAUGCUUUCAAAACACUUCCAAGCCAACUCUCACCAGCAGAGGGUGUACCUUACAGUGACAUCCAAACCAACAUGGCAGUCACUGGCCAUGAAGCACAAGGCAAAAGAAGCCCUAGUUCUUCUGAACAAUCUUUCAUCUCCACUGUAGAGCAACCAUUUCAGGAGGAGCCACUUUCACCAGAACCCCUGGUGGAGAAGGAAAGUCUUCAAGAAAGCCAGAGGACUAAAGCUGAAAUGAGUGUAGAAAGUAAGAAAAGCCACGAGGAAAGAAGAAAUGCAGCUGGGGAAGACUAUUAUGCUUGUGUCAGCUCUGGCACUGGUGCAGCAGAGAGGAAGGAGGGUACUGAGAAUGAACAAAGCAUGAUGAAAGAAAAGCUAAUACAAGAGAAAAAGGAAGAAGCCAAUGGCAUGGAUUCUACUUCUGACAGCAUAAAAGACGCAUCCACUCCAAGGUCUGAGGAGCCACAAACUCAACCAUCCUCAAGUUCAGCCAAACCCUGUCUGUUUAUGAUCAAAAAUAAUACAUUCAGGUCACCUCAGGUAAUAAGAGCUGUCAAGAUGCCUCUGUUUAGAUCCUUUUCUCUAGAUGAUACAGUGAGCAGCAGUUAUAAAGAAAUGGAAGGUAGAUUUGCACUCCCAGCUGCACACAGCAAGCAAUCCCAGGAUGCGCUGCAUGCCCCGGAGCAAGACUGGUUGGCACCGAUGCGCAGAAGGCAGCAGGAUGUGAGGGAAGGAGCAACUGACAGAGGGAGAGAUGCCAGUGAGUCUGGAUCUACUUCAGCAACACUGGACCCCAAUCUUCUGCAAGAUUCAGAGAGCUUUUUGUUAGGGAAGCUGAUGGAAGAAGAUGAAGAGACCUGUGCUUUGUUAAAUGAAGUUGGGAAAAUGAAUGAGGAAAGUAUCUGCAGAGAUAAAGAGAAGCCCCAGAUUAGGAAGGCAAGACGCAGCUUAACACAACCAAAUUUAGGUCCAGAAAAUGACCAAGCACAAAACAGCCCCAGCUAUCCAACAGAAAGAAAGGUAAAUUACUUUAAGAACCAUCAUUUAUUUAAUCGCAGAGGUGGCUCUUGUGCAAAAAAAAUAAUAACUACAGAGACAAUUUCCCCUGUGACAGAAUCUGUACCAGAGGACCAUACAUAUCUUUCUGUAUCCCACGAAGCUUUAGAGGACAUGCUAGACAUGGAAGAUGCACAAGUUUUGUUAGACAGCAAUGAAUGCUCUGCUGUUACAAGCCCUAGAUCAGGAAGCACAAUGCACUCUUUUGUCAGUUUACCAUCAGAGAAACCAACAAUUUCUAGCCUUGAAGAGACAGAAGUUGCUAUAAACCCUGCCUUACUGAACAUGGCAUUGAAGAGUCAAGCUGAUACAUCUGCAGAAGAAACAAUCAAUUCAACACAGAGGCAUCUUCUACUUGAUCCUGCAGGGGAAGCUGAGAGACUGGAACUAGGGGAGAGAGGAACAGGCAAGCCUCCUGCUGUGCCACCAAAAACAGAAAAGGCUCUGCGGCGGGCCAAAAAGCUGGCAAGCAGGAGGAAGAAAAUAGAAGAGCAGCAGAAAAAGCAUCAGAUAGAGCAUACAGAUAUUGCAGCGAGAAAAGUUACUCGUUCUGGACACACACUAGCAUCUCCCUCACCACUGGGGUAUUCUAUUCAUCCUGCUCCUCACUCAACUUUUACUUCUCCAGAAACUAGUAUAAGAAGACUUAGUGGUGCAUCUGCAGUAAGCCCUUCUCCUUCUUUGACCCAGCGUAAACUUCUCCAAGACCCCGAUUCUGGCCAAUACUAUGUAGUUGAUUUACCAGCUGAAGUUAAUUUAAAGACUUUUUAUGACCCAGAAACUGGCAAGUAUGUUCAAGUCUCAGUCCCUUCCUCAGAAGAAAAUGUAUACCAACCCUCAUCUUCAGAAAACAGGAAUUCUCCUUAUGCCUCCUAUCCUAGAGCACUGCCUUUACCAGCUUCAUCUGUAGCAGUGCUGAGAUCACCUUCUCAGCUCUCGGAAUCUACCUGGUUAAUGUCAAGCAUACAAAGAGAACCAGCAGAACUACCAAAAGGUGGUCAACAGGACUACAGAUACUCUGGAGAUGUGGAUAACCAGACCUGUAUUGAACCAGGCUCUCACUCCUGCAGCCAAGAUACUGAAGAAACUCACAUUUGCUUGGGAAAGGACAUAAGCUCAACCCCAAAUACAGCCCUAGUGUCUCUCACUAAUUUAGAUAAUUUUUCUGCUGAAGGAGUAUCUUGAAAAAUGAAGUAACAAAACAUGCCAGCUGGUGUUAAGAUCCAUUUGGACAGUCACAUGCACACACGAGCACACACAGAUUUUAUGUUAGUACAACACUAUGUCUGAAUCUCAUUGUGGUUUGGGUGGGAAGGAAAAUGAAGGAUGAUCAUGCUGAAAGAUGAGAGGAGAUUAUCUGUCUGAAGAAGCGUAAAAUUGAGUGAGCCCCAAAUCACCAGUGAGAUAAAGGGGCAAUGUCAGCUAAGCAAAUAAACACAACAGUAUGAAGCCACUGCUUGUUGCUACUGCUGCUUUGCCAUUAGGAUGGCCUGGAAUUGCCAAAGCAAGUGUUCUUUUGCCCAAAUGUGUUGCAUGAUAUAUGACAGAAAGUAAAGCCUAUGAGACCAUCCUGUCCAUCCUGAGAACUAAGAGAGAUGCCGCAUCUCUUGAACUUUCCUCACUCAGUGCCUUUGAACUGUACUGGCAGGUAGAAAGCUACAAACAUGCCACAAACCUGAGAUUCAUUUUUUGCUCACAUUGAUUAACCAGAUGUUAUUAACUAGAAGAUUGUAUACUGGAUGCACAGUACAACAGCCAUAACAAAGAAAAAUUUAAACAACCAGAAUACUGUUGCAGCUGCUCUUGACUUCUUAUAUAAUUUUGUAGUGUCCACUAACAUGCUGCUGUAUUCUUUAUAUUUGUUGAUAAUUUCCAAAUACACUCCUCUAGCAUCAGGGGUUAUUUAAAACGCAACUUUAAACUUCUACUUCUCUCAAUAGUUGGCCCAAAAUAUUUUGGUAAGAGCAAGGUUGAAUAAAAUCCCAUAACAAUAUUUAACUUCUUGCUAGGAUGAAAAGAUCUCUGCUUGAUGUAAUUGAAAUGCUUUUCAUUUUGGUUUGGUGUUAGGCUCCCACUGAAAUACAGUGCUAACUUUUAAAAUCUGAAAAAUGUUGUUGAUAAUUUUGUUUUCAUGCAUUCUGUGAUUUAAAAACAAAAACAAAAAAAAAACAACAACAUCCAAAGUAUUAAUUUCUGAAAAAGGAUUAUCACUAUUCUUUGAAAGCUCUAUAUCAAACUAUGACUCAUCCUUGCUUAAGAUAUUUUUUAUCAUCACAGAUAAUAAGAGAACGUUGGUGAAAAGAUGGAAAAAAACUGAAUGUAAUGUGUCUGCUUAUAAAUAUAUAUUUGGAGUAAUGGUUUCCCCUUUUUUUCCUGUCUCAUUUCAUAGCUUGCCUUUAUCAAAAUUGAAGUACAGGAGUAUUUUAAUGUCUUCAGACAUUAAAAUUUUUCAAUGAAUUUUGACUUGGAACUCAGAAAACCUAUUCUCCCCUAGAACAGAGCUCAUCUUGGAAGAAUUUAACUAUUUGGAAAUCAAGAGCGUUUCAGAAACAGGAAUCACUUAUCAAGUUGUUAAAUUAAGAUAAAUGUCUCCUAUUAUGAAUAUUUUUCCUUUAUUUUGGUCACAAAUAAGUCACCAAACUGACAUAGUGCCAUUUACACUGUACUUCUCUGGUAUCUGCUUUCAUUGUAUACAACAUAAUGCCUAUCCAGUGUAGGACAAGAUGUCAUCUACAUAUAAAAGUAUCAAUAAAUGGAUUUAUUAAAGUUUUCCAAGGAACGUGUGUGAUUGGAAAGCCCAGAAGAAUGUACAAGCCAUUUUUUUGUUGCUUGAUCUCACAAAUGUAAAUAACCUUAAGAGCCAGAAGUCAAGAGGUGAGCAGGCUCUCAAAAAACAGAAUAACAGCAUGUUUUCCCAGGGGAGUCUAGGAUAAAAAGUAUCUGUACACAUUAAAAAAAAAAAAAAUGGUAAUUUCAUUAGCAAAACAUAGAACUGCAUUUAAACAAACAAACCUUUAGUUUGAUUAACUUUUGUUUGUUUUGUAGAUGUGCACAUUUUUCCUUUUGCGCUCCAUUUUUAAUUUUUUUUUCAGAUUCUUCUCUCACUAUGGAAAAUUGUAUCCUCCAGUAUAUAACUGCUAGGUAUGUGAGGAAAGCAGAGUGAAUUUUUCAAAUUCCAUGGCAGCAAAGUGAAGCCUGGAUCUCUGAAGAGGAGUCAGUACUAAUCUGAAUACCAAACACCUUUAGCCAAUGCUUUCUGUUAACUAAUAGGAUCUACAGUCACAUUAAACUGAAUCUUGGGUGUGUGUAAUGCUUUAAUGCUAUAAUGCGAUGGAAAGAACAGCAAUAACAGCAGUCUGACACAAUCCUAGGCUUCAGCAAAUGACAAGCCCAAAAGCACCAGCCAUGGACACAGAAACAGAGAAGAAAAUUUGUUUACCUUUGGAAGGCCUCAGGGUUGACAGGAAUCUCCAGUCUCUGAUGAGGAGAUAACCUCACCUCCACUGCAAACCCUUAAAGGAGAUCUGGGAAGAGGUGGAUCCUGGCUCCACUCCUUCAGGUCCCGUGGGUUGGCCCUGCCUUCCCACCAGGUGCUCAAUCACUGUUUCAGGCAGUGAUUUAGCAUUUCCUUUAGAACGUGUUGCAGAGAAUUUUGGCCAAGAUUUGUAGCUAAAUGAAACAAACCCAGAGCCAGAGGUCUUUGAAAAUAAAUCUGAAAAUGAUUCUUAUCGUGUAUUCGGACUUGUCCCCAGAGUGCAUUGACACAUGGAGUGAAUGCUGUUACACAAGUGUUGCUUCAGGUGCAGACAGAUUAUUUAUAUAUAUGCAUAUAAAAAAAAAUAUUCUACAGUUAAAUAUACAUGCAUUUUAUGCACCUAUAGAACUGCUAUUUGCAUGUCAGUAUAAGACAGCAGUAAUAUCUAUGAUGGUGAACACAAAAUGGUUGUGUGUUAAAAGGUGGCAAAACAAUAACUUUUCAAAUAACAAAUAUUCCCCCUUCCCCCCCCCCUUGCACUCUUCUGUUUUGUUUGGUUUCUUUUUCCAUUGCUGUAGUGGAAAAUCUAGGUCUUCUGGACAAGAUGACAGCUGUUAAUUGACCUCUUUUGGAGAGGAAGCUGUGGGAAAUGUGCAAUAAUCACUAAAAUGUUUAUUAAAUAAGCAGUGUUUUGUGAUGCUAAUGACCAUGACGUUAAAGUAGAGUGAAGGGAUGUGUAGGCAAACAGAGCUGAAUUCAGCCUUGCAGCAGCCUAUGGCUCUGUGUGUAGAGAAGUACAGCAGGCUGAGAGGGGCUGGGGCCAUUGCUUUCACUGUUCUCUUCUCUAGUAGUUUCUGUUUCCCGUGUUGUAUUUCUGGCUGCUCCCAGGCUUGGUUGCAGUGAUGGAUCUUCCUUGCCAAGUGUGACAGGGACAAACACGGGCCCAGAAAGUAGCAUAGGUGCUGCUCAGCUAGACCCUGUCACUGGAGCCUCCUCACUUUGAGCCUUUCUCCUUCUGGGGCAGCCCCAAUGCUUUUUGUUCUCACUGUCACACUACAGAUGGGGUCUGCCAAUCCGUUGCCAUGAUUCAGUUCCAGGAACUCAUCUUUCCUCGUGCAAAAUGCUGCAUUUGUUUCAGAGUGCAGCUGAGUUGGAACAUCCCCUCCCUGGGUGUUCAGGGCCUUCUUAACCAUCUCUCCAGGAACAUAUGUGUCACCAGCACACUCUGUAUUUGCAAAUAAGUAAUUAUUAAUUAACAAAAUAAAAGGGACUUGUUUUGCAAUACUGGGA